AAAUGGUUUGCCCGAUGCGACAGGUGAAUUUUAUAAACAUUGCAAAUACUUAGGUAUGAAUUACCAAAUGUGGCCCAGAUCGACAGUUGAGAAUAUAAUAUAACGAGUCGUCUGCUGUCAAGCAUUAUGAAUUUUCGUUCUUUCUUUACUCUUGUAUCAGCCCUUGACACCAAUGAAUGGAAAGAGGUAAAUAAUACAAAGAAAUAACAGCGAUCAUCGUGCUCACAGCAUUAGUUUCAACCUCCAAAGGAGAUGACGUGUGGAACGGUAUGACUGGCAAAUGGUCGCAGAACGCGAGCGACGGUUUCUACACCAUACCGCAAACCAUGGCAACAGCGAGCUGUCAGGGAUGGACAAGAAUCGUUGGCGUCGAUCUACCGUUGGGAGAAAUUGGCAUGGGAUAUCACGGGGACCCAAGAGUCGUCAUAUUUUACCGGAUUUCUACCGGUCGAGUCAUCGGGUUUCAAGUUGGCGUCCCGCUGAAGGAACUUGACAGACAACACAUGCCGAUAAACUACCGGAAACACAGUGAAAUACGCGUUAAGAUCAUGAACGGCGUAAGGUAUUACACGGUGACUGCGUACUUCCGUCAAAGCGAGUGCGGGAAUUCCCGCAGCAUAUGGGUGAAGAAAAGGGACGGUACUCUCACGAAAAUUCCAACAAACACGAAACUCCUCGUCGAGCAAACGACGUACGAGCGAAAAGAGUGCAUCACUUGGAUGGGUCUGCAUUACUACAAGAUUAACUCCGAAACUAAAUGCGAUGACAUACCGGCGGUGUUUCUUCUGGCUAACAAAAUGGACAUCAUAGGCGUCGGUGUUCAGAUGAUUGGAACAGCGAGUUCGGGCCCAAAGCGAACUUGGUUCGAGACAAUUCCGUUGCAGACGGAAGCGGCGACGAUUCCCGAUGCGCCGAAGUGUAUUGCAGAAUACAUUAAAAAGUACGGUCUGAUCUCAUUUCAUUUCUGGUUUAUCAGCGACCCGCUUAGCCUCCAAUGCGAUACGACUCACCAAGACUAGCCGAGCAUUCGAAUGACUCUUGACGUCGUGCAAGCUGUUGACUAGAAAAUCGGAGUUUCUCUCCAACAAAUUGUAAUUUAUUUCAUUUCGCGACGGAUUUAUUUUCGAGACAGUAAAAACAGCUCGAAACGCUGCUGGAAGCUCCGCUGGUGAACGAAGCUUUUUAACGCGAUUGAAAACAGACGAGAAAUGAACAAAUUCGAACACAUACAUUUACUGUUAAUGGAUUGGUUCCGAUAAAAAUAUCCGGUUCACUUCACGUUUCUACGCGUAGUCUAUUUAUUUAUUUUUUUCGUCUGUUUUUUUUCUUUCUAUUUUUUUUGUUCUUCAAACGUUCAAGCGAAUGAAAACCUUUUCACGUGAUUCACAACAGCGCCGCAUACCUGAAUUAAAAUUUUCUCUCAGCUUCCGAGCUUGAUUGAUCAUUUCCCUUUUUUUCUGUAUUUUCGGGUACAGUUAUCCGCAGUCAUUGCAGGCUAUCUGCGUUCCGUUUAGUAAAUGUAAAUCUGUAAAUUAGGAAUUUUGUUAGAGAUAUUUAAGUAUAAAAAAAUAUUGUAAGAAUAGCGAUGAACUGAAAAAUUCGUCGACCAAUAAAUUGUGAUAAAGAAUC